CCACCACCACCCUCACAAAUUUGUGUGGCGAAGGAGGAGAUGAGAUAUCUCCUCUCUGUGAAAUCCCCAACACACACACACACACACACGGAGCUUGGAGACUUCUCCAAUUCCCAAAACAAUCAAAAUCAAACUCACAUACAUUCUCAAACCAGAAAGAAUUCGGAACAACUACUCGUCAUCACCAAAAACAGUCAUGGCUAACAUGAUCAUGGCCUCCUCCAAACCCCUCUCCCCUCCUUCCCUCUCAUCACCGGCCACUUCUCGCCCCAGAAUCUCCCUCCCCAAAUUCCCCAAAUUACCAAACACCCAACUACUCUCCCUCAAAUCCCUCUCUCUCGCCGCCACCGCCGCCGCCACCUCCCUCACCCUGGCGCCGCCGUCCCUGGCGGAGGAGAUCGAGAAGGCGGCGCUCUUCGACUUCAACCUCACACUCCCCAUAAUCAUGGUCCAGUUUCUGAUCCUCAUGGUGGCUCUGGACAAGAUCUACUUCACCCCGCUGGGGAAGUUCAUGGACGACAGGGACGCCGCCAUUAAAGAGAAGCUGAGCGGCGUGAAGGACACGUCGGGGGAGGUGAAGCAGCUGGAGGAGCAGGCGGCGGCGGUGAUGAGGGCGGCGAGGGCGGAGAUAUCGGCGGCGCUGAACAAGAUGAAGAAGGAGACGCAGGUGGAGGUGGAGAAGAAGCUGGCGGAGGGAAGGAAGAAGGUGGACGCGGAGCGUCAGGAGGCGCUGGCGCAGCUGGAGAAGCAGAAGGAGGACACCAUCAAGGCCCUCGAUUCUCAAAUCGACGCCCUCAGCCAGGACAUCGUCAAAAAGGUCCUUUCCCUCUGAUUCUUCUUUCCUUUUGUAUUUCUUCUUCUUUUUUUCUUUUUCUUUUUUUUAAAAAACUUUUAUAGUGAUGAUUUUUCAUGGGAGAUUCAUGGAAGUGAAAGCUUUAUAUUUGUAAUUUUGUAUGAUACCUUUUUUUGUGGGAUGAAUGAUAACUAUAAGCAUUGAUGUGUAAUAAUCGGGCAGUAUUUCUUUUUU